CACAUACAAUGCAGGAAAUCAUCUCUACUCUUUGGUUCUGAGGGUAAAAUUAUCUGAAGUUCUGCAGCUGUGGAGACACAGAAACAAAAUGGAGAUGGAAAAAUCAGGUGCCGUAAAAAAGACUGAAACAAUUUAAAGUGACAGAAUUUCUGUCUGAUAUUUAAUCAGUGUUUUAUUUUAGACAACACAUUAUCAGGACCAUUUCUCUCACCACGUCCAGGGAUGUUGAUGAAUUCCUCCUGGAAGAUUUCCACGAGUCUCUUUUUCAGAUCUUGAUUUUCAGAUCGCUCCUGCAGAAGUGACAGAAGGACAAUCAGUCGUUCUGACCUGUAAAACCACCUGCAGUCUGACUGAUCCAACAUUCAUCUGGUACAAAACCAGCAGAGAUUUAACCACAAACACCAACAAGAACAAUGAAGUCCGUCUGCAGUCGGUCAGCAGUGAGGAUGCAGGCAGUUAUAGCUGUGCUGUAAGAGGAUAUGAACAUCUCCACUCUCCUGUUCAAACCCUCAGAGUCAGAUAUCGUCCAAAGAACGUCUCAAUGUCCAUUAGUCCCUCUGGUGAGAUAGUGGAGGACAGUUCAGUGACUCUGACCUGCAGCAGUGAUGCUAACCCACCUGUACAGAACUACACCUGGAUUAAGGGGAAGACAUCAGUAGGACAUGAAAAGACCUACAACAUCUCCAAGAUCAGCUCUGAGGACAGUGGAGAGUACAAGUGCAAGAGCAGUAAUGAAGUCGGACAUCAGGACUCCAACAGUGUGACUCUGAAUGUUCUGUAUCCUCCAAAGAACGUCUCAGUGUCCAUCAGUCCCUCUGGUGAGAUAAUGGAGGACAGUUCAGUGACUCUGACCUGUAGCAGUGAUACUAACCCACCUGUACAGAACUACACCUGGUUUAAGGUGAAAGAAUCAUCACCUGUAGGAUCUGGACAGAGUUACAGAGCUGUACAGAGUGGACAGUAUUACUGUGAGGCUCAGAAUAAACACGGCUCUGAGAGAUCAGCUGCAGUGUCUGUCACUAUUAAUGGUACUGUGAUUGUGUAUGUGGCUGUUGGACUGGGACUUUUUGGGCUCGCAGCUCUUCUCUCUGCACUCUUCUGGCUGAGAAGCAAGAGACAGAAGAAGAAGGUAGAUGAAGGUGACAAUCAGCAUACAGACCACUCAUCAGAUCCUCUAAACCGGUUCUGAAGCAGGAGCCACCUCUGCACUUCAGGACUGCUUUGAGGGCACUGACUGGAACAUCAUCAGGGAGGCUGCAACUGAUGGCAAUUCCAUCAACUUCCGCAUGUGGCAGGGCAUACAGGCAAUCAUGAAUUACCUGCC